AUGUCCCGCAAGGCCGCGGCCGUGCGCGAUGGGAUAACGCAGCUUGAGGUGAUGGAGCUCCCGGAGCUACGUCUGCAGCGAAGACGUAGUUGUACAGAGGCCAAAAAGCAUUGCUGGUACUUUGAAGGAUUAUAUCCUACAUAUUAUAUAUGUCGUUCCUAUGAGGAUUGCUGCGGUUCGAGGUGCUGUGUAAGAGCUCUCUCUAUCCAGCGACUAUGGUAUUUUUGGUUCCUUUUGAUGAUGGGAGUUUUGUUCUGUUGUGGAGCUGGUUUCUUUAUCCGAAGGCGGAUGUACCCUCCUCCACUAGUAGAAGAACCUACUUUUAAUGUGUCUUACACCAGACAACCAGUCAACACUGCAUCAGGGGCACAGCAGCCCGGCGUGCCGUACUACACCGACCCAGGUGGACCCGUGAUGAACCCCAUGGCUAUGGCUUUCCACGUCCAGCCCAACUCCCCGCAAGGAAACCCGGUUUAUCCCCCGCCGCCUUCCUACUGCAACACGCCGCCUCCCCCCUACGAGCAGGUGGUGAAAUCCUCCACGUGAGGACUCUCUGGCUCUCGGACCUGACUGUGUGAGAAGAAGGUGCAAAAUUGCAAAAUGACAGAGAUGUGGAGGGCACCCGCCCUUUCUGAACACUUGCUAGUUCUCCGACUCCUCUCUCCCUCCCUUCCCUGCACCUUUCCUCGUUAAAGUUACAUGCAAAGGGGUGAUUUUUAAAAUUUUUUUCUUUUUUUUUUUUUCUUUUUUUUUUUUUUUUUUUUUUUUUUUUUAGUAGAAGUGGAUUUUUUUCUUUGUCUUCAAAAUGAGAGAAGUUGUCUUUGUAAUGCUUUUAAUGGAAACCUAUAUUUAAAACCUG